AUGCUCUGCGUCUCUGCUCAGGCACCUUUGAUGCGUCUGCACUGCGGAGGCUGCUACGAGCUUCUAUCAGGGAUGAUCCGGGGUUGCUGGCAUAGCACUUCAACCAAUUGGGCUCAUAUAGCGUCAACCGACAAUCCCGCGGAUUCUAUAUCUCGUGGACAAUCACCUUUAGAAUUUUUAAAUAAUUCGUUAUGGUUAAAUGGACCGACGUGGCUAGCUGACAUACCUGCGCGAUGGCCUGUAAAACCUUUACCUUAUAUUGUAAUACCUGAGCAACGCCCUAGCAUUAACCUACUCGCGUCCAGGGAGGAAUUAGACCUUCAAAGAUUUUCUUCAUUUAAGACCCUUCAAAGGGUAAUAGCUUAUUGUAUACGCUUUCACCGAAACACUACAAACAAGGUUAAAAUAACGGGACAAAUCACUACCGCGGAAUUAUUGAAGGCUCAUCAGGUCAUCAUAAAGUAUUUACAGAAACGUUCCUUCGCGAAGGAAUUAGAAACACUAAGGAAAUUCAAAACAGUAAAAAAGGAUAGUGCUAUAUUUUCGCUAUCUCCCUUCAUCGAUUCAGAAGGUAUAUUACGUGUCGGUGGACGUUUACAGUAUUCAGAUUUAGAAUAUAGCCAGAAACACCCAAUACUACUGCCACGUUCUGAACAUCUAACGCAAUUGAUUAUCCGAGAACAACAUGUCGAAGCUAAACACGCAGGUAUCCUGGGUACUCUGAAUGCCGUUAGAAACAAAUAUUGGCCCAUUGAUGGCAAAAAUACCACAAGGCAUAUUGUUCGUCAAUGUAUUCAAUGUUUCAAGGCAAAACCGGGAAGCAUGCCGGAAUAUCCGAUGGGUAAUCUACCCAAGGACCGCGUGACCGCAAUAAGACCAUUCCAG